UAAAUUACCCACUUUAACCCGCUUGGUACUUAUUCAGAUUCCUUGAGAUAAGCGUCCACUCAUGAUUGGCUGCAAUGGGAGGUGACAAUAUAAAGGCCCUGAUCAAUGUGACGUUUCACAUCAAUGGCCAGGGACCUUUAGCGGACACACUCUGCUGCUUCCACCCACAAAGAAAGUAUUAACAGAAGUUCUUUUACAUUGCUGGCCUGAGCGCGGCCCGUCUUUGUUUGCUGUCAGUCCUGCUGCAUUAAAAGGCCUCCGUCUUAAGUGAGAAUACUUUUUUUUUUGUUUUGUUUUUUGGUUGAGCGAGAGGAAAUUUGGAAACAUUGUGCAAUGGUGCUGCAAAGGUUUUGAAAGUUCGAGAGCGCACAUCACCUGCUAAGCCUCUGGAGCCGGUCUGUUGGGGAAGAUUCCUCCAUGUUUUAUCCCUACAGAAUGGAGAGUUAUCUCAUACCACCUCACUCAGAAGAAAUCUACGACCCAGAGAUCUACAGACAUGAAUAUUAUAAUCAAUACAUGAUAGAAACAGAUAUUCCUCCAGAUGCUUGGGACUAUCACACUCAUCCUCAUGUCCACCCUGUGGAGUUUGAAAACCUCCAGGAGGCCAAUUUCACCGAGCUCCAGAGUGUCCAGUCUCUCCACCCGCCUGCGCUGAUACGAAACGAGGCCAUACGAUACGACACAGAGAAUCUUCUGGAUCCAAAUCUGGGUGCACAUGCUCACAUUAUACAGCAGCCGCCUCAUGUGUUCCUGCCUCGCACCGUGUACCAAGCUCACAUGUCACAGCGGAGCUCUGACGAUGAGGAGCACGGCGCACGAAGCCCAUUGUUUGAGGUUUCUGACGAAGAGUGCUUGAGAGAGAGAUCCCACUACGUCGCAGGAGACCUGGGCAACAAGAAGAAGAUCCGUCUGUACCAGUUUCUCCUGGACCUUUUGAGGAACGGCGAGAUGAAGGAAAGUAUCUGGUGGGUGGACAGAGACAAAGGGACGUUUCAGUUUUCUUCGAAACACAAGGAAGCUCUUGCCCACCGCUGGGGAAUCCAGAAGGGCAACCGCAAAAAAAUGACCUACCAAAAGAUGGCUCGAGCGCUGCGCAACUACGGCAAAACUGGGGAGGUGAAGAAGAUCAAGAAGAAGCUCACAUACCAGUUCAGCGAUGAGGUGCUGGGGAAGACCCACGCGGAGAGGAAGCCAUAUUAGACGUUUAAAAAAAAUAUUUUUCCACUUGAAAAACAGUUUCCCAUCGAGCAGUGGAGAAGCGGCGAGACUAGCUGUACAUAAAGGUUCGCUUCUGCAGGCUAGUGCAAAGACUAUGUGCACUUUCAAGUGGCAUUUUUUAUGAGUUGAUUCUCAUUUGAAGCGCUGACGUUGUGAAUUGCAGGUCUGGUGAGUUUCACGUUGUCGGUUUCUCUGUGAAAAUAAAGCUAUGCUUCUGUUGAUCAACUGUAAUGAGACUGAUUUAAUGGUCAAAGUUGUCCCUUCUUUUAAUGUAUCAUUAUCAUUGUGGGAACUGUUAUUGUAUUUCUUCUUGUUUACUAGCUUCCUGAUGUCCUGUAUGUACUUUCUCAAUGUUCGCCUCAGGAGACAGUCUGACAUCAAUUCAAUCUCUGCCUACAUAUCCAGACUGCGUGUACCAAGGAAGCCUUCAUUCAUUUAACUUAUUUCAUGUUGACCGCUUCACGGAUAUGUAUGUAUGAAGGCAAACUGCCCUCCACAUUCAGAGACUUAAUAAAUAAAUAAGAUGGAAAGCUGUCAGGAGAUAAUGUAAUGGUACAUUUGGUUCUGUAAAAGCUCAAUAAA